AUGAAAGAUAUAUUGGUAUCGUCCAACAUGUCCCUGCAAGAGCCAGCGUCCGAAGAGGAACCCAUGACUAUACAAUUCGUCUCUGGUCGGGCAAAGGAUCGUACAACCCAAAGCUUGAUACGAUCGCAUGCGAUGUAUGCGUUUCGAAGUAAGCAGCGACAGCAGAAUGCCAAACGAAAAAUUGCCGCACGGAAACUUAUGCCAGUUGAACGCGUCUGCGACUUUUCGAUGUCUGAUCCUAGUCAAUCAAGCUCAUCGCACGUAAAAUCAUCCGCUUAUAACACACUUGACCCAAUUCCUGAAACUGGUAUCAAGAAUCACCAAUACGGAUACAGCCAUGAUACUUCACUUGAAGUCACACAAGUGGGGAUGCCAUUAUUAUUCGCUUUUGCGCCCGUUCAACUCGACCCUUUAAACUCCGCACCCCAUCCGCCACCCGAUAUAAUUUUCAAGUACUCCCGAGAGGUGAGUACAAUUAAACAAAUUGCUUUAAUAUUUUGUUCGCCAGGGCCCGAGAAAUUACUUGAUUUCCCAAAGGCUGCUGGACAAGCCUUAUCGACAAGCAUCAUUUAUAUGAUAUAUGCCUAUUCAUGCUCGGUCCGAGGGACGAUAAACAAUGAACUGGCUAUGGGAUUGAGAGAUUCAGCCAUUGCACAAAUUGGUCAGAAACUAGCUCAAGAAGGAACAUUAUGGUCCAAUGCUACAAUAGCGUCAAUAGCCUAUUUCUCAACAGGUAUUUGGGCAAUCAAACGCGAUGCAGAGGAAGUCGAGGCACAUAUGACCGGCAUAGAAUUGUUGGUCAAGAGACGAGGAUUGGAUAGCUUUGGAGUUUAUCCUUUUGGACAAACAAUACGAAAGUAUCUAGUGAUGCGUCACAUAAUUGCGAAGGCUAUCAGAGCCGAAGAACUUCCUCUGAGCUUCGGCAAUUCUUUGGUUCGAUUGAAAGAGCAUGAACCUCAUUGUUGGCGAUUUAUAUCCCCGUUAUACUGUCCAUCUGGCUCAUUCGAGUUUAUCAGGCAGUUGAAAGGGUUCGACGACUCCCUGGUCCAGGUUUUAUACAUUGCCAAGGAUUUGAUUGACCUUAUUAUAGGGGGAUACGAGCAAACGGUCGAUAAUGCCAAUUACCAAAGCCGCUUAUCUGCAGCUUUGUACUUUCUACAGCCGGGUACUGUCAAAAUGGGUCCUUCAAAUCUGACAUCCCAGUACUGGAUUUUCGAAUGCUGUAGACUUGCUACCCUCAUAAUAUUUCAAGCCAUGGAAACUUGCACCCCUCUUCCUUCAAGCGACGAGUACCUCACAUCGGCAAUGAUUUGCGCCAUAGAAAGAACGGAUGUUGACGAAACUUGGGGGGACGUGUUAGGCAUAUUGUAUUGGGUAUCUAUCAUUGCUUGUGCGUCAAGUCAAGCUCGAUCAGACCCUGGAAUUCUGGAUUCGAGAUUAAGCAGGACGAUAUUCAAGAUAGCUUCUUCCGUACAAAAUUUCGAGUACGCGACAGGGCCUGCCCAGAAAUUUGCGCAAAUGCAAAUGGUGUUGGCAAGGAGAUAUGAAUUGGCUGCCGCUGGAAAGAUUUAA